UUUGAGUAUCUUAUUUCUGUGCAUUUAUAAUGUGUAGAAUACGCCUCCAUAAGCAUAAAAUAAAAAUUAUAUACUAAUGAUAAAUCACUGAAAGGCAAAGCCAUGAGGAAGAGUACACUGUCGACAACGCUGAUGGUUUUGCUGAUCGGCGGUUACUUGAUAGAAGGGUCUGGCGCUUGGUUCUGGAGCAGUAUUCGUAGAAAGGCGAUGGUCAAUCGUAUUUCUGCGACUACACCAGCACCAGUCUGUCGCCGUCUGUGUGCCUUUAGUUGCGAACGCCAAAAUAAAUGUGGCCAGCUUUGCUGCAUGAAUUGCUCCCGCUUUUGCGACAGAAAACGUGAUCAGAACACUGAAGUCAUUGUACCUCUGCCUUGCAAAUUUUCCGUUUGGGAUCGAAAUGCAGAUGGGGGUGUAGACAAGAACGAGUUUGCUAAGGUUGCACAUGCGCGAGCUAAGAGUUUAGACGUAAAAUAUAUUUUCCAUUCCUCGGACAAAAACGGUGACGAAGUACUGUCGAAGGAGGAGCUUAACGAUGCACCGCUUGUCACGAGAUGCUAAAUAUAACAACGCGACACAAAGCCAGGUGUUCAAUAUUCAAAUUUUAUUUUCCUCAUUAGUUUAAUUAAAGAUGGCAAUAUUCAAGGAACGGCUAAUGAAAAUGGUGUAUAGUGCACAUUUUUGAUCAUGUGGUUAAAUAGUUUUGUUUCUUUUUCAGUUUUGCCGAGUCAGCCUUUGUAGGGUUACGCAACAGUUACCCAUGUCAAUCUGUGAAAAGUUUAGAUUAAAAUUUUUUUUCAACUUA